AUGGGAGAUAGCUCAAAAGAAAAAAAAAGAUUGAGGGAGGCAGAAAAUUCGGCUCUACAAGGAAAUAAUGUGGAGUUGGUGACAAAGCUAAAAGGUGAAUUGGUGGGUUUGUUAGUAAAGAAGGAGCAGAUGUGGCAGCAAAGAUCCAAAACCCAUUGGUUGAAAUUAGGUGAUAAGAAUUCUAAAUUCUUCCAUACUAAAGCCUCUCAAAGGUUUAGGAGAAAUCGCAUCUUGGGAAUUGAGGAUCAUAAUGGGGUAUGGUGUGUGGGGGAGGAAAAGGUGGCUGAGGUGUUUGAAAAUUACUAUAGUAGUUUGUUUACAACCUCAAACCCAAAUGGUUUUGAGGAAGUAACACAACAUGUGGGCCGAGUAGUCAAUGAGGAAAUGAAUAAGGAGUUGAUUGGAGAUUUUAGUAGAGGGGAAGUUGAGAGGGCUUUGAAUCAGAUGGCUCCUUUAAAGGCACCUGGCCCAGAUGGGAUGCCUCCAAUCUUCUAUCAGCACUAUUGGAGGAAUAUUGGCGAUGAUGUGACAGAUGCGGUGCUGUUUUGUCUAAAUACCGGCAAGAUCCCCACAGAUGACAGCCUCCUUUUUUGUCAUGCAAAGGUGGAGGAGGUGAAAUCCAUUCAAACUAUUUUGGAAGUGUAUGAAAAGGCAUUAGGUCAACAAAUAAAUGCGGAGAAGACAACUUUCUUCUUUGGGAAAGCAGUGAGAGAGAAGACCAAAAAUUCCAUUAAAGUACUACUCGGUGUGCCUGAGAUAAAGCAUUAUGAGAAGUACUUGGGACUACCUGCGGUGGUUGGUAAAAAUAGAAGAGCAAGUUUGAAUUAUAUAAAAGACAGGGUUUGGGGGAAAUUGCAAGGGUGGAAGGAGAAAUUAUUAUCACAAGCGGGGAAGGAAGUUCUCUUGAAGGCGGUGGUCCAAGCUAUUCCCACUUUUGCAAUGGGAUGCUUCAAACUCCCAAUUGGGUUGUGUAAGGAUAUUGAAAUGUUAAUCAGGAAAUUUUGGUGGGGACAACCGGGGGAACGAAGGAAGAUACAUUGGAAGAAUUGGGAUACUCUUUGUAAACCAAAGAUUGAAGGAGGUUUAAGGUUCAAGGAUUUGGCAAAAUUCAACGAUGUAAUGUUGGCCAAGCAGGUGUGGCGGCUUAGUCAUGAUACAAGCUCACUAUUUUACCGUGUAUUUAAGGCUAGAUAUUUCCCUAAUGGCACCAUUUUUUAUGCCAAACAAAAAUCUGAUUCUUAUGCAUGGAAGAGUAUUUUGAGGGUAAGAAAGGUGAUGGUAAUGGGAGCAAAAUGGAGGGUAGGGGAUGGCAAAUCAAUAAAAGUUUUUGUGGAUAAUUGGUUACCGGGUAGUUCAGGUGGUAAAGUAACUCUUGUCUAG